AUGACAGAGAACAGUUCGAACAAGUCGACCGACAACGGCGAGAGCACAGAAUCAAUCACGAACGCUAUGUCGCAGUUCAUUCAGCUGAUCGCUAAGUCGGUGUCUCAGCGAUCGGAAGCAAAGAUGCGACAAGAGUCUUUCGACGACCAAGUUGCCCCUGCUGUUCGAGAGGCGGAUUUGGCGAAUCGUGCUGCAUCAGAGCGUUGUCUCGCUCGAAUCCAGGAGUCGUUUCAACGUUAUCGACAAGGGGUAGAGCCUUUUGCGGAAGAUGUGACUGGGCUGGGAAGUAAGUGGGGCGUGCUGCGACGGAUGCCAGGCGAUUGGAUGACCGGAUCGAAUUCAGUCGAGGCAUUCAUCUCGGGCAAACUGGAGCAAUAUGUAUUUUCGGCGCAGGAGAUCCAACGCGAUAUCGAUGCUUCAUUGGCCUUGUUUCGCGAAGACGUCGAAGCCAACCGCAAUGUCAUGCUCAGGAAGGUAAAAACAGCGACAGCGGGGCUUUCCUUGCCUGCGAUACAGAACCUGGGCACUCAGAAGUUCUCGCAGCAGGUCGCUGAGAAGGUUCGCGAGUUUUCCACGGAAAUCGCAGUUGAUGAAAUUUUGGAUUUGGUUGUGAUUGAAGUGGCCUCGGGCGCAGGCGGUUAUGCCGCGGAGCAAGUCUUCAUGACCAUGCUGGUACGAAUUGGCACGACUGCAGGAGGAGCGACCGUCGGAAGUGCUGCGGCAGGAAGUGGCCUCGGAUCAACAGCCGGUCCAUUGGGUACCGGUGUUGGAGUGGUCGCUGGUUUGAUCGCGGGGCUGAUCAUUGACCAAGUGUUGGGGGAAUACGCCAGGUCCGAUGUGAGCAAGCAAUUGUUGGAACUGAUCGAUCAAAUCGAAGUCGCCGCGAUUCAUGGUGUCCCGGGACGUACGAAUUUCGAGAUAGACGCCUCCCCUUGCCUGAAGCAUGUUCUGCAAAAUACAUGUGACGAACUCAACCGUGCCAAUCUGGAAAUUUUAAAGCAAUCGAUUCUGGGGGUGAAAACGUGA